AUUCCAUUUUGAUACGUGAAACAUGGGUUUCAGCUGGCAGAGUCACUGCGUCCUUUUCAACAUUUUUCUCAUUUUAGUCUCUGCCUCGAAAGAACAAUUAGGACCUGAACCCAUUAAUCCGAAUGACAAGGAUGUCCAGAGAGCCUUAGAUUUUGCUGUGGAAUCGUUCAAUGCAUUCUCGAAAGAUGAUCAUCUCUUCAAAGUCACUUGGGUUGUGUCAGCGCAAGUGCAGGAUGUCGGUGGACUGUUGUACACUCUGGAAGCUGAACUGGGAAGGACACAGUGCAAGAAAGGAGAAAACAAAACAUUAACAUCUUGCUUUGUUGUCAAUACUGCAGGAAUGUCUGAGAAUCUCCUUUGCCAUUUUAAGGUGGUGCAUGCUUUUUGGCGCGAUGAAAGAGACCUUCUCCAAAACAACUGCAAUCCUGUUAACAGAUAGUAAGUGGACAAUGUGUUCUCUUUGUCACACUUGGACCCAACUCCAGAAACCUUACUACUUUCUCAAGCAGACCUAUAGUACACCUUCAAUUAAUGUCUCACAUUAAGCAAUACGUAUAUCUACGACUGUUCUUAAUUUUAAUUUCUUAUUUUCCAAUAUCUAUGCUUGUUAUUAUACUGUGAUUCAUUGCACAGACAUGUUACCGUUUACCACAAAGCUUACAGAUCAUCUGUUUUAUAAUAUGUUUUAGAAAAUAAGUUUUAGUUUCGGGAAUUAAAUUUUUAACUGUAGAAAAAUAAAUUGUUAACUGUUGAAAUAAAUUCCUGACACAAACACAAUUCAAACAAGUCUGGAUUUACUACACUUGAAAA